AUGUCGUCGCUGGAGGAGCAGGAGUCGUCGGCACCCACAGUCGCAACCACAACCGCAGCCGCGCCCGCGCAGGCACCAGCAGCUCCGGCGCCAACAACACAGGCGCCGGCCGACGCGCAAUCACAGGCGUCGCAGUCCCCGAGCGCGCCGUCGUCGAUCAACAUCCCCACCAACAACCCGUCGCACCCGAGCUUCAGAAGACAACGAGCAUCCAGAGCGUGCGAGACAUGCCACGCUCGAAAGGUCCGAUGCGAUGCCGCAAGCCUCGGCGUCCCGUGCACCAACUGUGUGGCCUUCCAAAUCGAGUGUCGCAUCCCAUCGCCCAAGAGGAAGAAGGCCCAGCCCGCCGCCGCCCAAUCGCAGACUCAGUCUAGGGAUUCUGACAGCGAACGUGAGCGAGAUGCUGGCGACGAGUCCCCUCACAGCACCAGCGGUCCCACCGCUCCCAACUUCACCCGCCCUGCUGCCGUCUUCCACAGCAACGAGGGUACCCCAAGCACCGCCCUCAGUGAGGUCCAGAAUAAGGAGAUCGAGACUUCCCAGAAUAACUACCUGGACAUACUCAUGAGGCCGCGCUUCACGAGAGCGCCCAUCAAGGAGGCGGGCAGGGUUGCCUUCCUGGGCGAGUCGUCCAACCUGAUGCUCCUGGUGCACGACCGACAGGGCUCCGACUCGGACGUGGUCCACUACCCCCUGCCCGACAACGUCAAGGGCUCCCGGGCCAGGCUUACCGAGCUGGACAAUGUCGAGAUCGACAUCCUGCACCAGCGCGGCGCCUUCCUGCUGCCGCCCAGGUCCCUGUGCGACGAGCUGAUCGACUCGUACUUCAAAUGGGUCCACCCCAUUGUGCCCGUCAUCAACCGGACCCAGUUCAUGAGGCAAUAUAACGACCAGAAGAACCCGCCCUCGCUGCUCCUGCUCCAAGCCGUCCUCCUCGCCGGCUCGCGCGUCUGCACCAACCCCAAGCUGAUGGACGCCAACGGCUCUGCUGCCCCCGCCGCCCUGACGUUCUACAAGCGGGCCAAGGCUCUGUACGACGCUAACUACGAAGACGACCGGGUCACCCUCGUGCAGGCCCUGCUGCUCAUGGGCUGGUACUGGGAGGGCCCGGAGGAUGUCACCAAGAAUGUCUUCUACUGGACCCGCGUCGCCACCGUCGUCGCCCAGGGCUCGGGCAUGCACCGGAGCGUCGAGGGCUCGCAGCUCAGCCGCGCCGACAAGAAGCUGUGGAAGCGCAUCUGGUGGACCCUGUUCACGCGCGACCGUUCAGUCGCCGUCGCCCUCGGCCGCCCCGUCCACAUAAACCUGGACGACUCCGACGUCGAGAUGUUGACCGAGGACGACUUUGUCGAGGACGAGCCCAACAGGCCGAGCGAGUACCCGCCAGACGAGCGUCACGUGCAGUUCUUCUUGCAGUACGUGAAGCUGUGCGAGAUCAUGGGCCUGGUGCUCUCCCAGCAGUACUCGGUCGCGUCCAAGGGACGCCAAAAGAACCCCAUCGACUUGACGCACAGCGACAUGGCGCUGGCCGACUGGCUGCAGAACUGCCCCAAGUCGGUCUACUGGGAGAUGCCCCGACAUCACUUCUGGUCCGCGCUGCUCCACUCCAACUACUACACGACCCUCUGCCUGCUGCACAGGGCGCACAUGCCGCCGAGCGGCUAUCGGAAUAAGUUCCCCGAAGACAGCGCCUACCCAUCCCGCAACAUCGCGUUCCAGGCCGCUGCCAUGAUCACAUCAAUCAUCGAGAACCUCUCGGCCCACGACGAGCUGCGGUACUGUCCGGCCUUUAUUGUCUACAGUCUCUUUUCGGCCCUGAUAAUGCACGUUUAUCAAAUGAAGUCGCCCGUGCCGACGAUACAGCAGGUCACGCAGGACCGAAUACGAACAUGCAUGCAGGCGCUCAAGGACGUCUCUCGAGUGUGGCUUGUGGGGAAGAUGGUGUGGACUCUGUUCCAGUCCAUCUUGGGCAACAAGGUGCUGGAAGAGAGGCUACAAAAGGCGGCUGGCAAGCGACAUAAAAAGGCGCACCAGGCGUUUGCGCAGUUGGAUCACCACGCAGCCCAGCAACAGCAACAGCAACAGCAACAGCAACAGCAACAGCAACAGCAACAUCAACAUCAACAUCAUCAUCACCAUCAGCAACAACAGCAGCCGCACCACCACCAUCAGUACCAGCAACAGUCACAGUCGGCAGGACACCACGACUCGAAGCACCACGACUCGAAACGUAAGUACGACGAGAUGGCCAUCGACUUCAAUGUCACCACGCCGCAGCCCCAGGAGUCAUAUGUGCGGUCACGGCCACAGACGCCAUGCAUGUCAACCGCGAACAAGCCUGAGUUCAGCAACAAUAGCCACAACCACAGCCACAGCCACAGCAACAGCAACAGCAAUAGCAAUAGCAACAACGCGAUGCCGCCGCCCAUGAUGUCGCCAAACUCGAGGCAGGUCGACGCAUUCAUGGGAGGGACGGGGUCGCGACCGCACACGAGGCCGGCGACACCCUUCAACCCAUCAAUGUCGAUGCCGACGACGCCACCGGACCUCUAUCUGGUGACGCGCAACUCUCCGAACCUCUCGCAGGCCAUAUGGGAGAACUUCCAGCCCGACCAGCUGUUUCCCGAAAGCGCGCACAUGCCAGCCUUUGCGUCCCAGACGUCACCGGCACAGGGCCAGCAGACGCUAGACCCCGGUCUGAUGGCGCAUUUCCAGCAGCAGGUUCAGCAAGACUCGGGAGCAGGAGCAAGCGGUUCGGACCAGUUUGGCGGACAGCUCGACACCUCGGGCGCUGCCAGCAACGGCAAAGCUGGGUUUGCCGGCACAACAAGCCCGCUGCAGACCCCGAUGCAGCCAGGAAGCGCAUUCGUGCAGCAGUCGGCCACCGCGGGAGGGCUGCCGGCAGGCUUCUGGACCCAGUUUGACACGCCCGGGCAGCAGCAGCAACAGCAGCAGCCACCGCAACCGCUGGAUGGCCAGAGCCCAGACAGCUGGGGCUCGUCGUCUGCCCAGGGAAGCGGAGGGCCCGCGGUACCCUCCACCCUCAACGUGGAAGACUGGUUGCAGUUUUUUGGCAUCAGCGGGGGUGGUGAAGCGAUUAAUAUUGACUUUGGGUCCUUGGUAUGA